GUUUCGGAACUGCGUAAGCGGUUGCGCACAGGAACAACGUUCAGCGCCUCUCGGUGGAGAGAAUUAGGGUAUCAAAUGAUCGACGACCAACAAUAUCCCGAGGUUCGCUAACACAUGCCACGCUCCCAAACAACAAGACUGAUUAUCUCUCUUUUAGGCUCUCCAUUGUUUUGGCGAAGCCGAAUAUCACCAUGGCAUUACAUUGGCCAAUGCAUACAUUACUGAAGAAAUUGCAGUCACCAAGAGAGCUCAUGGGUUGUCUGAAGUGGCAAACGAUCAAUUCAUAAAAGCAUCAGAACUGUUUUUACAAACAGGUAGCACCGCAAAGGCAGUACAAUGUCGGAAAGAAGGGGGUGAUCCAAAAGGUGUAAUCAGUGAGUGAAUCCAAAGAGUUGAUCUCAUUAUUAAAGGCUGAAAUGGUACAGAAAUUCUUGCCGACAAUGGAGCAUAUGAAGAUGCCGCCUGGCUUGCGGCAGAUCUCGGUUUAUUUUCUGAAGCAAGCGAAAUAUACACCAAACUUGGCAAGCACGAGAAAGCGCUCGCAGGAUAUGCUCGUAAGGAGCGAUUUAGCUGGAUGUUUAAUUACAUCAAAAAGUUUGUACCAGCUCUCCCCCCCCAUUUAAUUUUUUGGAAAGUAGCGCGUUCGCGGGAUCAGCUAACCGCUGAAGACAGGUUUGAAUCAGAAAUUGAGCCCUCCUGCAGGAAACAGUAUUUACAGUUGGGCUACUUAAAAGAAUUUGGAGAGAGGGAUACGAUUUCCAGCCCGUUUGAAAAACGGGUUAUUGAUCUAAUUGGAUCCCGGGAAGAGCAGAAAAUGGUUUUGUCAAGGUUUGGCCUAGUGAACAAACUCUUCGAAUUUCUUAGUACUCGCGGUGAAUACACGGAAGCCCACGAGGUUGGGGUUAGUUCUGGACUUCUGAAGAACUCCAUCCAGUUGCUCUGCGAUAAAAUCUUACCCGGAGACCCAAAUUGUGGGCAGGGGGCAGAGGUGAACUUGAUGUGUAUGUUUCUACAGGCAGAGCAUAUAGCAACCAAUCCUUGGCCUAGAAACGGAGAACCCAUACGGAUUCACAAAAUGUUACAGUCCGCAGUCGGGAAAGGGAGGCCACGGAUCGAUUUGUUUGUCAAGAUGUGGAGAGAUAUUAACGGAGCGCUCGAGGGCUUUAUCCGUCGCAAGAUCGAUGUAAAGAUUGGAAGUCUGGGCGAUGCGCACAGUGGUAGUUAUGUGGAUAUUCUGGUCUGCUCCCUCGUGAUCCUAGUGCCAUUUCACCUCUAACUCCCCCCUAGAUAGCGAAGAGUGCAUACCCAGACAUCAAAUUCCAGCUUCCACUCGAUCAUAUCGACCGUGUUCUCGGAGACUUGAGGAUACUCUCAUCAUGUGAGAGGAUCCCCUCUGCAAUACAGCUCUAUUGUGGGAUUUACGAGAUGCCCCGCCAGCCAGGAAAAUACAUCAUCCUGGAGUGGUCUCCAUUCAGCGCUGACUCUAAACUACAAAACCCACUUAGGCCGGUGGAUAUUGAUUCUUCACUGAGAGACAGAAUGUUAGGGUGUAUUUUAGAGGAUAUCGUUCCUCCUCUUGUUUCUCUUGAUAGAGGAUUGCGAACAAAAUGGAGUGCAAGAGCGAGGCCUCAAGUAGUGCCCUCAUUGAUACUAGGUAGGAACAAUCUCCGACAACCCAUCCAGAUUUAGUAUGAUACUUUACUUACCUGAACGCAACUUAGCUGAAACCCAUUUUAAAAAAGUAGAGGUAGGUUCCGUGGGUCGAAAUUCUGCUCUCAGACAACUCACUGACAGCACAUUAGUUUCUGGCGCGCCUUUGCCGAAUAUUUUCUGAGUCAGCCGCAAUGAUCAAGACCAACGGACGACACUUGCCGCGGAAUUGUGAGAUCCUCCAGUCUAUUCCAACCGAAAAUCUUUGUUUCUGAUGCAGUACAGGGGACUGGAGAUUUUGGAGAGGAGCUCUUCUGGAGCAAAUGGGAUUCAGAUCUUCGUAUGAGCAGAGCCUCGACGUUUUAUUUAAUAUCAAGUCUGAGUUCGCGGAUCGGGGGGGGAAAUAUCGCGUAUUACAUCCGGUUAUUAUCAAGGAUGAUACAACAGAGUAUCUAGUAGAAUCAGCUGCUAAAUUGGGUGUGGGGGGCUGUGUGUCUUCACUUUUGGCUCAAUACCAAACUUCUCUAUUUCUAGGUAAGUAAAAUCGCAGAAUAAGUUAUUCGCAGACAAGCAGAGAUCUACUCUAACAAGAAACAGGCUAUGAACGCCAGUGGAAGUCAUUCCUCCAGGCAUUUCGCGACCUAGUAAUGAACAGGGGGAACCAAGGCCUCAAAUAUGGCUCGGAAAUGAUAACUUUAGUCAAUUUGUUCUUGUUGGAGACCGAAGCCAGUGACUUCCCCGGGAGAUUUGUAUGUUUGGCUCAUCCACCAGCCCGAAGGCCAAUCUGCUAACUUUAACAUAGUGCGAAAAUAUUUACGGGGUCCUGGGUGCCCUUGGGAGAGCAAAAAGGACACUAAACUUUUACUCUCCCUCGGUCAUUUCUCUUUAUGAGGAAUUGACAUUCUCUUUAGUAAGUAGGUGGUUUACAUUCUGCCCUCGACACUGACAAGCGUAGAUUUUCCUGAUGCGUCCUUAUGAAUUUCUCAUUCCCGAUUCCUGGCACCGCUUGUACUUCAAUAGAUGGGGAGAAAAACCUCGGUCACCUUCGGUUUUCGAACGCUUCCGGUACCAGCAGUGUCUGGUCACAGUUUGUUCGAGCUUCUGCGAGGUUGUUAUAGGCAUCGAGGCAAGGGGUACCAAAGAGUUUGCCUUAGCCCGACGAAGCGUUACCCUAAUUGUUGUAUGCCUCAUCAACCUGGGAACAUUCUUUCCCCGACAACAGGAAUAUGCGGUAUUGUGGCGGAAGUCACAACGGGUUUGCUUUUCCACUUAACAAGGACUCGGGCGUUGGGGUGUGCUUACUUUCUACUCAGGUUUUCCGUUGUAAUAGGUUGAAUGCUCGCAGUCUCCUGGGGCUACGGGCAGAUAAGCUCACAGGACGUUUGACGAAGGUCUUCGAAGAUCACAAAGGGAAUGAUUCAAUCCGCCUUGUAACGGGACACCGAGAAUUGGUCGACAAGUUUGCCGGGAUUUCUUUGAAUGAAAAUGGGGUCUCAGUGGUCAGAAUCUGCCCGAUACGAGAGGAGGAUAAACAUAUGUGGGCAAUGAGUAAGGACCAACGCACGAGGCAACUCAACGCUGCGUAUAUUCUGACAGCUUUCUGGAAACUCAAUGGGCCUAGAUAUGUGGAGAGGAUGAAGGGGCGUAGGCAGCGCUACGCUGCUCGUAUUCUGAUGGCUUUUUGGAAACUGAACGGGCAGAAAUUCUUGGCGAGGAUGAACGAACAAAGAAGGCAGCUCAAAGCUGCACGUAUUUUGACAAAUUUUUGGAAACUAAAUGGACCGGGAUAUGUGGAAAAGAGGAAGAGACGUAGGCGGCGCAACGCUGCAUGGGUUUUGACGGCUUUCUUGAAACUGAAUGGGUUGGGGUUUCUUGAGAAAAUGAGGGAGCGUAGGAGGUACCUUGCCCCGAGGUACAGAUAUUCUAAAAAUUGUUGUUUAUUAGUAGAUAUGAGAGAGGGCAAAAAUUGGACGUACUGACAGUGGAUUUUUGUUUUUCCAUUAUUUUUACGGGCUACUGGAUUUGGCUAGCAAUGCGGAAAAAGGACUUCAUGUUUUAAUCUCUUGAGUCACAGAAUUUAGGAUUUUAUUGGCUU